UGGAAAUUGACGCUGGAAACUGGCAUAAGAUUGUCAACGCUUUUCAAGUGAUCGACAAGCCAGUGUUACGAGAGUAUGGGCUUUUGGUCGAUUUCUAUGCAAGACAUGGUGACAAAGUUGCUGCACGAGCAACUUUUGAAGCUAUGCGAGCUUCUCACAUCAAGCCCAAUGUUCAUAUCUACACGAGAAGCUAGAGACAUGGAAGGGGCUGUAGCGUGCACUGAAGAAAUGCUUUCCCAAGGCAUACAACUCAAUGAAGCAGUAUUCUGCUCGAUCAUAUCGGGAUAUGCAAGUGCUGGAAAUAACGAGGCUGCAGAACAUUGGUUUGAGAAAUUCAAGGCCGAAAAUCUCGUUCCUGGUGGGAUCGUCUACAACAGUAUAGUCCAAGCAUAUUGUCAAGCUGGGAACAUGGAAACGGUGGAAGCUUUAUUAGCACAAAUGGAAGAGGAAGGAUUUCAAGGAAACUUGGGAUUAUACACCACAGUGCUUAAUGGUUUUGCGGAGAUACGUGACGAAGAGAAGUGUCUUAGUUUCUUUCACAGAUUGAAGGCUUGUGGAUUGUCACCAACAGCCGCAACAUACGGCUGCAUUGUCAAACUUUUUACGAAGCAGGCUGGAAACAUGGCUAAGGCUCUUGAUAUUUUGGAGGAAAUGGAUAAGCAUGGAGUUUCUCCCAACAAGAUGAUCUAUGCUAUGAUAAUGGACGGCUACGCUCGUGGUGGUGAUUUUACAGCUGCGUUCAAAGUCUGGGAAGAUAUGGUUUCGGCCGGGCUUAAGCCAGACAUUGUGAUAUACAACAUCCUGGUUCACGCGUUCUGUAAAGCUGGACGCAUGGACAAAGCUCUUGGUGUUUUGGAAAACAUCGAAGCCAACCGACUUCUUCCAACUAUCGAAACAUACACCUCGAUACUCGAUGGAUAUGUGAAAGGGGGAAAUAUCCAAAAGGCAUUGGAAGUUUUCGACAGGAUUAAAACGGCAGGCCUGAGACCUGGGGUUGUUUCUUACAACUCCUUACUCAGCGGCCUUGCGAAAGCGCGACAGAUGGAAAAUGCGCGUCUGAUGCUAAAUGAAAUGCUAGCGAACGGGGUUGUUCCGAACGAACGAAGCUACACGGCUCUUACAGAGGGCUAUGCACGAGCUGGCGAUGUCGAGAAGGCUUUUGGAAUGUUUCAAAGGAUGAAGAAGGAAAAUCUAGCGAUCGACAUUGUUGCCUAUGGUGCGCUACUCAAGGCAUGCUGUAAAUCUGGUGCCAUGCAGCGUGCAGCCGAAGUGUUUCAACAGAUCACUGAUGCAGGACUGAAACAUAAUCGAAUCACGUACUGCACUAUGCUUGACGGGUGGGCACGAAAGGGAGAGCUUUCCAAAGCAAGAGAUCUCUUAAACGAUAUGCAAAAGCAUGGUUUUCAUCUUGAUACAAUCUGCUACACGUCCUUUAUCAAGGCUUGUUUCAGAAGUGGAGACACCGAGCAGGAGGUGACAGAAACUCUGGCAGUAAUGCGUGAGAAAAAGCUAGAAGUAAACGCAAGGACUUACACGACUCUCAUUCAUGGAUGGCUGGCAGCUGCUGAUCCGGACCAGGCAAUCUCGUGCUACGAACAAGCAAAAGCCAGUGGACUCCAACUUGACAGUGCUCUGAGCAACUGCCUUUUAUCUGGAUUGAUUUCCUGCGCAUCGCAAAACAGUACACUGGGCGAGAAGAUUCAGGCUAUUUCUGCCGAGAUUGCAGCUCAGAAAGUUGUUGUGGAUGCCGCAGUUGUCGCAAAGAUGGACAGAUAUCUCAGGCGCAGAGCUAGGUGCUCGUGUUUCCUAAUCAUGGAUCUAGACAAGAUCGAUGUGAGCGCCUUGUCAAGAGACGAGCUUCUAGCUGCAUUCCUCACGCUCAAGGAGGAAGUCAAGAAUGGUAAUCGAAAGGGGAUCACGAAUCCAUUGAAGUUCCCACCGAGUGAAUACAGCAAGGAAGUAUUUCUCAUCAAUCAGCCCUUCGUCAAGUUGGUGAAGACCUCCAGUGCAGACGCUGUGCGGUCGAGCUUGAUGGACAAGGAGGUGCUCGCCUACGCUAUCGGCAAGAUGCUGUCCCGGACUACCAUGGCUGAAGCUAGGAAAAGUGAGAUGAGUUUAAAGACAUACCAUCAGAGUUUCCUGUCUGGAUGCUGGUACCUGACGACUCCGUCACCCAACUUUGCCAAGAGGCUCCGCAGGCUUGGCAUAGAAAAAGACCCGAUUGUGUCUGAAGAACAGGACGAGGAGCUCCCAGAUCCCUAUCCCAUCCCUUACCCCGUACCAAGAGACGGAGAUCAGGCAGGUCUUGCCGUUGAGCCACUUACAAACGAAACAGACGCAGAGGAAGCUGCUGAUGAACCAGACAUGGAGACAGCUUCAGGCUCUGUCCAGCCCAUGGAUGGAACACCCGAGAAAGAUUUCUCGGUGAAGGUUUGGGUGACGGAAUUGAACGAGUGGAUAACUGUGCUGUGCAUCGAAGGGAAGGAGUGGUCACGAGACGAAUGGAAAUAUGGCCUGCUUGACAUAUAUGGAUCUGUGACGCUCGAGGGAGGCCGAAUCACGGACGAGUCAUACAAAGAAUUCCGUGAGCAGCAGUUCCAGCGAUGGAAGUUCCUUGGAAAAGAUCCAACGCACUUCCAUGUGAAGUUCACCAAGGCGAAGCUCGAAGAAGCUUUGUCAUCCCGUCAACAGUGGAUGCAGGCAAAGUGUAAGUCUCAUCCCGGUAUCAGCUACCCUGACAAGCAGUACGGUGUUGCAAAUGCCUUCGUUGAUGACCAGCCAUACGGGCUCCCAGAUAUUAAUCAGGAAGGUGGCGCGGUGAUGCCUCAUCCCAUGCUGUUUUACGAGUCCCUCCUCAAGAUAAUCAUCGGUCCAAGGGUGGUCAAGUGGACGAAAGAAGAUGUCGAUCGCGCGCUGGCAGCCAGGGUUGAAGCUUUGGUGGAAAUGUUGCCUCCCGGUUUCACUCACUUUUCCAGAAAUCAUUCAGAAAGCGAGGAAAAAGGAUUGGAUGUUGAGCUUCAAUCUCCCUAUUGUGCGAAAAAGGAGGAACAAAGGCUUUUGCUUUGUUUAUUACGAAAAAUGGAAAAUGCGCGUCUGAUGCUUGAUGAAACGCUCGCGAACGAUGUUGUUCCGAGCGAACGAAUCUACACGGCUUUUACAGAGGGCUAUGCACGAACUGGCGAUGUCGAGAAGGCUUUUGGAGUGUUUCAAAGGGCGAUCGACGUCGUUGCCUAUGGUGCGCUACUCAAGGCAUGCUGUAACUCUGGUGCCAUGCAUGGUGCAGCCGAAGUGUUUCAGCAGAUUACUGAUGCAGGACUGAAACAUAAUCAAAUCACGUACUGCACUAUGCUUGACGGUCUCAUAGGCAGAUUUUUCAGAGUUGGGUUUGAGAAUGUGAGCUCCAAUUCUUGUCUGAAGCGAUUGAUACCCCGUGCGUCGAAGAUCUUUGAGCGUGACAAGCUCCAGCCAGUGAAGAACAAGCCGGUCUUUCGUCGGGUUGAGAAUCCCCUUCUGGAUAAGAAAGUCUCCAAGAGGAGGAAAGGUACCAGACAUGGAAAGGCAUGGCUCGAGACAGGACGGAACUUUACCGAGAUUGAGCUCAUCGUUCUCAGCCCAGCCGCGAGUUCUUUGGCACAGUUUCUACGAAUGCAAGAGGACGCCACGGCUAUUUGGAACGCACUCGACAACCUGCCUAGAGGUCACGAUACUUGGGAUAAUUUCAUGAGUGUGGUCGUUCACUUCUGGAACUACAAAGACUGGCCGCGUGUUACACAGAUGUGUGAGUGGGUGCUCCAAGGCACCACUUUUCGGCCAGACCUCGGCUGUUACAAUCUUUUGAUUGACGCUUACGGGAAAAGCUUGAACAUAGAAGAUGCUGAGAAGACUUUCAACCGGAUGCAAGAGGCUCUCUGUGUUCCGAACGAGGAAACUUUCGGCGUCCUGAUAAAUGGCUACAGGCUUGCGGGCUCAUUCGAAAAGGCCGAGGAACUCUUCGUCCAAAUGCAAAAGCGGGGAUACAGUCCUGGGCCGCUGGCAUGCAACACCUUUCUCCACGUUUUAGAAGACGCGAAAGAAUACAGGAGGGCCGAAGCUUUGUUCCGGGACCUGGAGAAGUACGAGUGCGAGCCAAACAUUGACACUUACAACCGGAUGAUUGUCAUCUAUGGCAAGGCAGGGGAGCCUUCCAAGGCGGAGAUGCUUUACAGAAGCAUGAGGCGCGCUAUGUGUCCUCCAAAUAUUUGUACAUUCACUGCUCUCAUGAACGCUUUUGCGAGACAAGGGCUGUACCGAGAAGCCGAGAGAUACUUCGACAAGCUGCAGGAGUUCGACUACAAGCCCGACCACUACGCCUACAACGCGUUGAUGGAAGCGUACAGCCAAGGAGGUUCUCCGGCCGGGGCACUCGAGAUUUUCCAGACAAUGCAAAGAAAUGGCUGCUUCCCGGACACGGUCUCUCACAACAUUCUUAUCAAUGCCUAUGGACGAGCUGGGCUAUAUGAAGAUGCCGAGAAGAUUUUCAAGUCCAUGCAAAGCGCCGGCUUUUCUCCAAACCUCAAGUCCAACAUGCUCCUCCUGAGCGCCUAUGCAAGAGCCGGGAGGGUCGAAGAGGCCGAGGAGCUCGUCUCCGCCAUGGAGAGGGAUGGAACAAAGCCGGACACUCUGAUCUACAACUCUCUCAUCAACGCCUAUGGAGUUUCCGGCAGGCACGAGGACAUGGAAGCUCUCCUCGCAAAGAUGGUGAAAUCGUCGUCCAAGCAAACCAAGCCAGACAUUGGUACCUACAACACGCUGAUCCAAGUUUACGCUCAGGCGGGAUUCAUUCCCAGGGCGGAGGAGCUCUUCCAGGGACUGGCGAGGCUCAAGCUCGUUCCGGACGCCACGACUUGGACGGCCUUGAUGGGAGGCUACGCCAAGAAGAAGCUCUACAGGAAAUGCACGAGUAUCCUCAAGAAGAUGCUCGAGUCCGGGUGUAGAGCCGACGCUGUGACCGCGAGGGUGCUCUUCUCGGCGUGCCGGAGCCCCGAACAAGUGGAGCAAGUCACCCAGCUCAUGGAAUCUCUCCAAGGGAGAUAGAAAUCGUAAGAAACUUUAGAGUUCUUGAAAGCUCGUAGAACAAAAUUUAUGUUUUCCAUGACAUCCAAACUCACAUAAUUUGGUUCGAACAAGUCUUCCAACA